GCGCUUCCGUGAGAGACCCUUUUUAAUCUCUAGAAGUCUCUUCCCUCUUCCCAGAACCCAGAUUGAUCCACACGAACAGCAGCGCGAUGUGGAGGCUGCAGGUUGUGCUGGGCCACCUUACCGGCCGGCCCGAGACCAGCCCUGUGCUGCAGGCCGUGCAGUGCUUCAGCGGCUUCCCGCAGCCUUCAGCCGCAGAAGUAGUGGUGGUGCACGGACGACGCACGGCCAUCGGCCGAGCAAACCGCGGCGGCUUCAAGGACACCACCCCCGACGAGCUUCUGGCAGCCGUCAUGAGUGCGGUUCUCCAGGACGUGAAGCUGAGCCCAGAACAGCUGGGAGACAUCUCCGUGGGAAAUGUGCUUCAGCCUGGGGCUGGGGCCAUCAUGGCCCGUAUUGCCCAAUUUCUGAGUGGCAUUCCAGAGACUGUUCCUUUGUCCACUGUCAAUAGGCAGUGCUCAUCUGGGCUGCAGGCAGUGGCCAACAUAGCUGGUGGAAUCAGAAAUGGGUCUUAUGGCAUUGGCAUGGCCUGUGGGGUGGAGUCCAUGUCCCUGGCUGAGAUAGGAAAGCCUGGAAAUAUUACUUCACGCUUGCUGGAGAAUGAGAAGGCCAGAGAUUGCCUGAUCCCUAUGGGGAUAACCUCUGAGAAGGUGGCUGAGCGAUUUGGCAUUUCCCGAGAGAAGCAGGAUACCUUUGCACUGGCCUCCCAGCAGAAGGCAGCAAGAGCCCGGAGCCGAGGCUGUUUCCGAGAUGAGAUUGUGUCUGUCACCACUACCAUCCUUGAUGACACUAAGGGCACUAAGAAGAGAAUCACAGUGUCCCAGGAUGAGGGUAUUCGCCCUGAUACCACUAUGGAAGGCCUGUCCAAGCUGAAACCUGCCUUCAAGAAUGGUGGCUCCACCACGGCUGGAAACGCUAGCCAGGUGAGUGAUGGGGCAGCAGCCAUCCCGCUGGCUCAGAGGUCCAAGGCAGAAGAGUUGGGCCUCCCCAUCCUUGGGGUCCUGAGGUCCUAUGCAGUGGUUGGGGUCCCACCUGACAUCAGGGGCAUUGGACCUGCCUAUGCCAUUCCUGUAGCUUUGCAAAAAUCAGGACUGACGGUAAAUGAUGUGGACAUCUUUGAGAUCAAUGAGGCUUUUGCAAGCCAGGCUGUCUACUGUGUGGAGAAGCUGGGCAUCCCCCCUGAGAAGUUGAACCCUCUGGGGGGUGCAGUGGCUCUGGGCCACCCCCUGGGUUGCACAGGGGCACGACAGGUCAUCACACUGCUCAAUGAGCUGAAGCGCCGCAGGAAAAGGGCGUAUGGAGUGGUGUCAAUGUGCAUCGGAACUGGAAUGGGAGCUGCUGCUGUCUUUGAGUACCCCGGGAACUGAGGACCUGGCUCCCAGCUCUACCCAGUCCUGCUCUAAAGGGAUACUACAGAAGCAAAUUCAGAUGACACAUUCAGCACUGGUAGUAUAGGCAGAGUAGACAAAUUAAGACACUUCAAAAAUUUGGAAAAUGUGAACAUUGAUAAAACAGUACAGGAGCAGGUAGAGAGCUUGGCUGCACGUCUCAAGACUCCUCACCUGGGGCAAAGUCAGUGUGGGGCACCCAGGCCAUAGGAAGUUGUGUAACUCCUGAGGGAUGGAAACAGAAGCCGGUUGGAUGAGGGGUACAAUGGAUGGAAUAAAUGUCUGUGACCUCA